CACUCCUCCUGGAACCCUAGGACUAGAUGGCAUAGCCACCAUUUCUGGACACAAUCCGCCCGCCGCCGCCGCCAGCGCCAUGCCGCCGUUCCGGCGCUGGGCGGAUCUGCCGCCGGAUCUCCUCUGCCGCAUCGGGGACAGCCUCGACCUCAAGUGCUACGCCAGCGCGCGCGGGGCCUGCACGGCGUGGCGAUGCGCGCUCUCGCCGCCCUCCCCCUCGCUCCUCGUCGUCCUCGACGACGCCCGCUGCUGCCCCUCCGCCGCCUCGCUCCCCACGCACCGCUCCUUCGAGCUCAAGGCCAUCCUCUCGGGGGGCCGCUGCGUCGGCUCCAGCAACGGCUGGCUCGCGCUCUCCGUCUGCCUCUACGGCGGCCAGAGCAUGUUCAGCCUCUUCAACCCCAUCACCGCCGCCGAGAUCAUCCUGCCGCCGCUCAUCUACGAGAGCCGCUGGGUCUCCAAGCUCGUCUUCGCGCCCAACCCCGCCAGGGACGACUUCGCCGCCGCCGCCAUCUGCGACAUCGACAGGCUCGCCUACGUCACCGCCGGGGCCAGGCGCUGGGCCAUCCUCGACCCCGUCCGCCUCACCGCCGGGGAUCAGCUCGCCGACGUCGUCUACCACGAUAAAGGUAGGGUCUACUGCCUCACCCGCUACGGGGACGUCCACGUGCUCCGCCUGCCGGAGCGCCGCCGCCGGAAGCCCAUCAUGGUCGAAGAUCCCGCCGCCGGCCCCUCAUCGGGACCAUCGAUACCGUUACUCUCCUACUCCUCCACCGCGGACCGUGCCGCGCUUCGUUUCCAGGGGAGGCGGACCCAAACCCAGCAGCAGCGCAACAUGCGCAUGAUCUGCUACGAGCAUCGACGAUGGAGAGAGCAGCAUCCAAUCGCGAUCCCGCCGGCCACAAUGAAGGGCACCUACUGCACCGAUCUCUUCAUGCCUCUUCGGAGAGUUCCUCCUGGAUCUGUUGGGCCAGACCUAAAUGCGCCGGCCACGGUCGAGCCCUUCCUGCCUGACGGCAACCUUCCGUUCGACCCUGCCACCAGUUUUGCCCCGCCAUACAACACAGUCUCUGUUUUCACCAGUGCCAAGAACCUGGUCUUUUGCGACGGCAAUAUGUACCAGAUCUGGAGGAACGCGAGCUGCACGGUUACUCUGCAGCUGCCCGGAGGCGGCCAUCGCCGCGUAGCAGAGAAUGAGGUGCUGGUUCUGAGGUAUUAUCCGCGUCGCCAGCCAUGCUGGGAUGCUGUGCAAGAUUUGGGGGGCUAUUCUGUUUUCGUUGGGAGGAACAACGCGGUGUCCAUGUAUGCCGAAGGUGUUCUCGGGCUCAAGGGUAACUGUGUCUACUGGAUCGGCGGGAGGGGCAGGGAUCAGGGCAUGGUCUUUGACAUGGCAACUGGGAGGUCUACACCUUGCCUUCCUGCAGCUGGUGUCGUACCGGGUGCUCCGCAGAGCACAAUCUGCUGGUACUUUCUCAGUGACAUGGUGAAUAACUGCAACAAUAAUGAAGGCAGGAGAGUUUAUCAGACCCGGGCAAGAGUCCGGGCCGAUCGUGAACAAGAUAUGGAAACGGAAGAGUGAUGAUGCGUCGCCAAGCUGCUUGGCGACAUAGUGAGCUCCACCAGCCAUGCUGGGCUGGUGGAAGUUAUUUGCCUGAGCAGCAAGAGCCUGAUCUCAAGAUGCCAAGAGAUCUGGCACUGUAAUUGCUUCAUUUAGCCAAUAGUUUGUUCUCAUUUACAGAUUCCCUAAAAUAAUUUGCUUCAGUCUGUUGUUGGUGUGUCGUCCAUAUCAUCUUUAUAUGUUGUUUUUUAUGUCAUGUAAUGGAAUAAUUGUUGUUGUAAGCUUAUGUCCAUCAUAUUAUGAUGGAAUAAGGAAGAGGAUAUUCAAAUAUUCGUGAGUUUGAAUUGUUAUUUAAUCGCUGUAUCA